AUGGCGUCCAUUGCUCAACCCUGGCUCAUCAACAAAUUCGUCGACCCCCUCUUCUCGGUCGCUAUGGGUGUGACUGCGGCCGCUCUCCGUAUACAACGGGAAGAAAAGGAAAAACACCCUUCUCAGGACUCGAGUUAUCCUGCACUUUGGCAAAAGGGUCGACGAAUGGCCACGCAUUACUUUGGCUGGGAUGAGAAGAGCUGA